AAUUCAAACACUCUUCAUCUUCACUUUCACUCUGCAUCCAACGUUUGAAUCCAAACUCUCUCUCUCUCUCUCUCUCUCUCUUCUGAGCUAAUUUGCCAAAAAUCAUGAGGCAAAAGACCAACAACGCAGGUUCUAGUGGUUUCUUGGGAAGUAUAUCUUCCAAUUUUCUCAGAUCCAUCUCUUCUUCAAAUCGCAAACCCACCUCUUCUUCUUCUUCAAACCCUAAACCACCAAAUUCUGACGCUGAAAACACACCCCCUACUACCCAUCCAAACAUUCCCCUCAAUAUUCACCACCAAUCAAAGCCCAACGACCCAUUUUCUCACAGCGACUCACAUGUGAAGGUUGUGGUGAGAAUUAGGCCUGAAAAUAGUAAUGGAAAAGAGGGAGAUUCGCAAAUUAAGAAGGUUUCUUCAGAUGCCUUGUGUGCUGGGGACAGAAAGUUCACGUUUGAUGAAGUUUUAGAUGCCAACUCCAAUCAGGAGGAUGUUUUUCAGUCAGUGGGUGUUCCCUUGGUUAGAAAUGCUUUAGCUGGUUACAACACUACAAUUCUGUCAUAUGGCCAGUCUGGAAGUGGAAAGACUUAUACAAUGUGGGGUCCCCCAAGUGCCAUGGUUGGUGAGUCCUCGCGAUCUAGUCAACAGGGAAUUGUUCCUCGGAUCUUCAGAAUGUUAUUUUCUGAGCUUGAGAGAGAGAGGCUUGUGUCAGAUCAGAAACAGUUCAACUAUCAAUGCCGUUGUUCAUUUCUUGAGAUAUACAAUGAGCGAAUUGGGAAUUUACUCAAUCCUAUCCAGGAGAACCUUGAGAUGAAGGAUGAUUCCAGCAAUGCACCAUAUAUUGAGAAUCUGAUUGAGGAAUACAUCACUAACUAUGAUGAUGUGGCACAAAUUCUGGUCAAGGGUCUUUCAAGGAGAAAAAAUGGAGCAAUGAGCUUAAAUUCUAAUAGCUCUAGAUCACAUAUAAUUUUCACAUUUGUCAUUGAGUCUUUGUGUAAGGGAACCGCAAAAAGUUUAAGUACCUCAAAGACUAGCCGAAUCAGCCUUAUUGAUCUUGCUGGACUGGAUAGGGAUGAAGUUGAUGAUGGAGGUAGCCAAUGUCCAAGGGCAAGCGGACAUGUAGAUAAAUCAUUAUCUCAGCUUGAGCAUUUAGUGGAUGCUCUAACUAACAAAUCUCAGUCUGGAAAAAAUGAAGACAUUCCACACAGCGACUCCUGUUUAACACGCUUACUACAUGGAUCACUUGGUGGAAAUGCCAAACUCUCGGUGAUAUGUUCCAUCUCCCCUGAUAACAAGAGUAAUGAUGCAACACUGCACACACUCAGAUUUGGGGAGCAAGUAAGAUCCAUUAGAAAUGAGCCAGUUAUCAAUGUACUAAAGGAGGCUGAUGUUGAUUUGAGUAAUAAUAUCCGACACUUGAAGGAAGAACUUAUUAGAGCAAAGGCUGAUGUUCAUAGCUCAGCUGGGAGUAAAGAUGGAUACUUCCAAGGACAUAAUGUGCGGGAAAGCCUGAAUCAGAUGAGAGUCAGCUUAAACCGCUCUCUUCUCCUAUCUAACAUAGAUAGUGAUACCAAUGAACAUGUAAAUGUCAAUGAGGAUGACAUAAGGCAAUUACGCCAGCAAAUUGAUGAAUUGGAUAAUUCAUCUGAAGGGAAUCCAAAGGAUAUAUCUGUUGAUGAAGAUUGUGUCCAGUUUUAUUCUGAUGAGGAAAAUUGUGAUGCAGACACCAUCACCAGUGGUGAUGAAGUUAAAAAUGCUGAGGUAUACUGUGGAGAAACAUUGAGCAACCCCUCAAGGGAAACUGAAUCUUCACUCAGAGAUAGUAUUUCAGUCAAUUCAUGCAAUCAUUCUCCAACACUUAUUGGACCACAGUUGUCUGAGUCUCCAAAAUUCAGCAAAACUCAAAGGAAAAGUGUGGCUAUUUCGUCAAGUUAUCUGGGAAGUUGGAACAAUGUGGCUGAGAGUUCAACAUUCAGUAACAAUGUGUUAAGCAAGCCAUAUAAACAGGGUGAGCAUGUGCAAUCCUCAUUACAGUCUAGCAAGGCCAAGUCCUUGGCAGCAAGCCUUCAGAAGGGAUUACAGAUUAUUGACUAUCACCAGCAGAACUCAGCAUUGAGCAAAUCUUCAACUUCCUUCUCCUUUGAGCACUUAACUUUGACACCAUGUCUAGACAUUGACAAGGCUGAAUCUUGUGACCAAACAAUGCGACAGAAACCUUCCAGUGAUGAAGUAACUGCUGCUUUCCUUUGUGCAUCUUGCCAGAUGAAAAUAUCAAAUCAGGAUUCCAGUGAGGUCCAAGCGGGAAAUCCUGAUGAAGUGACAGAUAAAAUUCCAAGACAUUUGGAGAAUGUAAUAGCAAAAAGCAUCAAGAAAGAGAAGGAGCUGGAGAAUGUUUGCAAGGAGCAAGCAGCCAGAAUUGAGCAACUAAAUCAGUUGGUGGAGAAAUUGAAAGGAGAAAAAGAACUGGACUCCAUUAUUAUGUACAACUCAAUGAAAGAUGAAGAAAAGCUUCUAAGGGGAAUUUCCUCAAGUGGUCAUUUACCAUGUAUUAUAGAGGAAAAAUGUGAAAUUAAAGAAAUCCAGGAAGAGUUAGCCCAAAGAGGUGUCUCUUUUGAUUCAAAUGAGAAGGAGUCACUUCUUAAGGAAAUUCAGAAUCUAAGGAGCAAGCUGCAAUUAUUUAGUGAUGCACAAGUUAAAAAGUCUACAGACAAACUAAGGUCUUCUUUGGUGUCAAGAUCCAUACAACUGCAAAAAAGCGGUGUAUUUUCUUAUGAAAAUGGCAAUGAAGACCUAGAUAAUGAAAGACAGAGAUGGACAGAAAUGGAAAGUGAGUGGAUUUGUCUUACUGAUGAACUUAGAGCUGAUCUUGAGUCCUACCGCCAACGUACAGAUAGGUUGGAGAUGGAACUGAAAUUAGAGAAGUCGUCUUCAGUGGAGAUGGAUGAUGCACUAAAGAGAGCUGUUAUGGGACAUGCUAGAAUGGUAGAACACUAUGCUGAUCUACAAGAAAAAUAUGAUGACUUGGUUACUAAGCAUGAUGCUAUAAUGGAAGGGAUAGCAGAGGUGAAGAAGGCAGCAGCAAAAGCCUCGAAAAAAGGUCAUGCCCGCUUUGCCAAAUCUCUUUCUGCUGAGCUUUCUGCAUUAAGGGUGGAAAGAGAAAGGGAAUCAAAAUUAUUGAAAAAGGAGAACCAGAGCUUGAAGAUUCAACUUCGAGAUACUGCUGAAGCUGUACAGGCAGCUGGCGAAUUACUUGUUAGACUAAGAGAAGCUGAACAUGCAGCAGCUGUUGCAGAGGAGAACUUUGCAAAUGUGCAACAAGAUAAUGAAAAUAUGAAGAUGCAAAUUGAGAAGCUGAAAAGAAAACACAAGACAGAGAUUAAUACCAUGAAGCAGUACAUUACAGAGAGCAAAUUACCCGAAUCUGCACUGCAACCACUGUAUAAGGAGGAUUCUGAUGGGGCGCACAAUGCAACUUUCUCCUAUACAUAUGAUGAUCAGGCAUGGAGAGCAGAAUUUGGAGCAAUAUAUCAGGAGCAUUUCUAAUUCAACUGUAAUAUUAGCAGUUGAUCAAUUUGAUAGCAGAGACUGCACAUAUGAUCAAACUCAACUAUUUGUCUGGCAUCAGAUCCUACUUGGAUCAAAAGCAUCCCUAAUGCCACAUUCUUUUUUGAAUUCCUAGAAAUUCAUUAUAUCUUUUUCCAUGUUGUGAUCAUUCAUGCCGUGUACUGAUAUGAUAGGUAAAUUCAUUGUUCUUUACCCCUAGAUUUUUCCUGGUAAACAAAUCUCCUUGAUGCUUUUCAUUUCAGAUUUCUUUUAUUCCCAGAACAGAAAUGCAAAUGCUGCUAUAUGUUGCCAAAACUUUUCGCUAAAUGCAAUAUGAUUCAGACG